CCAGGGGAAGGACGAGAAGCGGCCAGACCACCACCGCCGCUGCCGCCGCAACAAAAAAAACAAAAAACAAAACAACAACACCAACAACAACAAACAAACAACAAACAACACCACCACACAACAAACAAAGAUGGAGGACUCUGGUGGGAUGACGACCAACGCACAGGAGUUCUGUUUGCGGUGGAACAACUUCCACUCCAGCCUGGUGACGGCGCUGGACGGCUUCAAGAAUGACCAGGACUUCGUGGACGUGACCCUGGCGUGCGAGGGACAGUUUCUCAAAGCUCACAAGAUGCUGCUUUCCGCCUGUUCAGUGUUCUUCAGAGACCUGCUUAAGGCUAAUCCAUGCCAGCACCCAAUUGUCAUACUGCCGCCAGAGGUUCGAUUUGCAGACCUGGAAAAGCUGCUAAGGUUUAUCUAUCAAGGGGAAGUCAAUGUCCACCAGGAGAACUUGGCGAGGUUCCUUAAGACUGCGGAAAUGCUCAAGAUUCGCGGCCUGGCGGAGGACAGCGAAAAGCAGCGAGUCCUGCGGUCGUCGUCCCCUCGUCCCCCAGAGUCGUGUGAAGCAGACUCGGUCAGCCCCAAAAGGCCCAGGCUCUCUAUCGAUGUCCAUCAGCCAUGCCAGGAGCCGCGAACCCCAAAUGACGACAGUAGGCUUUCGGGUGGCGACUCCGAUUCUGAGAUGAUUCCUGUGAAGCAAGAGAUGGUGGAAUUGAAGGAGAGUGCAGACCCAUCAUAUGAAGGAGGUGAUAAUGAAGCUUUUGUCCCGGAAGCUUACAUGAGAGAAGGUGGGUCAGGCUCGUCCUCACAGCAGUCUCAGCAGCAGGCACCCCCCAAUGCCCCCCCUCCACCUGGGCCGCUAUUACCAUCGUAUGUUCCACCUCCCCAAGUCAAGACACAAGAUGGGCUCUGUCGCACCCCCCCGCACCCCGUGGGCGGACUCAUCAGACGCUUUUUGGAAGAAUGCUUGCAGCUCACUGAGCCGGCGCCACUGCUGACCUGCUAUACGGGGCUGGAGUCCACGCCACACUUCCAGCUGCUCCGCUCCGUAGCAAAGGAGUGGAGCUACUGCCGCAACGCCACGCAGAAUUACACCUCCAUGGGCGGCUCCAGCAAGCGGCAGCGGGCCACCUCGCGCCUCAUCGAGACCUUCGAGAGCAUAGACUCGUUACGGACGCAGCUGGCGCACUACAUGCACCAGGUGAUCCUGCUGGAGAUGGCACAGCCCGGCACCGUGGCCAAGGUGUGCCGUGCUGAGAUGCAGCUGCAGCAGCACCACCAGCAGGCCAGCCAGCAGGCCAGCCAACAGGGGGAGGGGGGCCAGGAGGGGGGUGGGGGCAGCAACAGCACCGGGGAGCCAGCCCUGCUGGACCUGGCCGAGCUGUCCGGGAUCACCCCCGACCAGGCCACCAACUUCAACAAGGCGACGGAGGUGAUGAAGCAGCUGCGCAAGCUGUACUUCGAUCAGUCUCGCCGCCUGGCCGUGCGCAUCAGCCAGCUCAAGAAGGGCCGCCAGCAGUCCCAAGAGCGCAUGCAGCGACAGCAGCAGAUGCAGCAGAACUACCUCCAGCAGACAAUACAGCAGUUGCAGCAGCAACAGCAGCAACAGCAGCACCAGCAGCAACACCCACAGCAACAACAGCAACAACAGCAGCAGCAACAGCAGCAGCACCAACAGCAGCAACAGCAACAUUCACAGCAGCAACAGCACCAGCAGCAGCAGCAGCAGCAGCAGCAACACCACCAGCAAAUGGCCACACACCAGAUGGCCCAGGAUGGCGCUGCACAGCUGCUGCAGAGCCAGCUGUCGCUGCACCACCUCCACCAGCCGUGGUCAGACUAGUGGUGGGCAUAAGGCUGCAUCCCCAGAGCCCGCCGCCGCCGCCGCCGCCACCGCCACCCCAGGGCCGGGCCACCACCAGACCACCACCCCGUGCAGCCUGCACCACCACAAUCACACCACCACACCACCACCACCAGGGCCACACCACCCCUCCCCCACCACCCCCACCACUGCCCCUUGAAGGACGAGCCAGCAGUGGAUAUGCAACAAGAGGCGCCCACAGACAGACGGACCGGCAGACACGGGCCGGCCGGGAGGGACUGCCGUGCCCCUGUGUUGCCCCAGUGAUCUAUGCAUUGUACAGGAAGCAGCAGGGAAGCAGAAGGCAAGCAGGAUGACCUUGAUCUCAGAGGCCAAUGCGAUGGAACAAAAGAGAGACGGAGUGUGUGGCGGCACACUUCAAUAUGGGCAGCGCGCAAGGAUGCAGUGUUCCAGUUAGUCUUUUGUGGGUGGGGGUUAGGGGGGUGGGCACUUUUGGAGAGGGUGGGAGGUGGGUGAAAAAAUGUGCUUUUGUUAAAGGAAACAUUUUGUACGGCGCACAAACUCAGGAAGCAACAGGGCAUAUGUAUUCCAAUUGUGGGAAUUAGUUUAAGCUGCAACAUCAGAUCUUUAGAACGGGUCUCUCUAUUUCUCUGCCUUUCACUCUUUUGCUGUCUGAUUUAUCUUUGUUUUGUCCUUCUUUUUUGUCUUUUUGUCUCUCUAACACUCACUCACUCACUCACUCACUCCUGCCUCAUCACAGAAAGGCUUGGUUGGUUGAUGGUGUUUUGUGUUGUGCAUCUAAAUGGAACACUGUAUUCUUCUCGCAAAGUGUUGUCGUGUGGGUGACUCGACGGACUCUUCAGGUAUUAAUGCUAAUCAAAGUCUCGUGCAAGAAGGAAAAUGGACCCAAGAGGAGAGACAGAUGAAGAAACUGGAAAUAUUUAUAUAUAUAGUAUACAUGCAUAUACAUAUAUAUACGUUCGUGUACAGUGAGAACAGAAAAUGCGAAACAAUCCCUUGUCAGGAAAAGAAAACAAAGAGGAAACUCUAGGGAUAGAUUUUUUUGAGCACCUGGCGAAGGCGAUGUUUGUUUUGGUGCCCCGAGUGAGGGACAAAGUGAGAGCGUGUUUAGUCUCCACGUGCAAGAGAGAAAUGCGCUUCUCUCUCUACCUCCUCUCCCUACCUCCUCCCCAGCCCUCCGUACCUCUCCCCCCUCUCUCUUCCAGUAUAUUGCAACAGUAUGCUGUAGCAGGGAUGCCCUCGGCUCCCACCACGAUACGUGAGAACGAUCACACAAACUUUAUACCUCAAGACUCUACCUGUAAAGAUAAAAACAAAACAAACCAAGACAUUAUAAAAACCGACAAAAAAAAGAAUCUAUUUUAUUUACUAGCAUUAUAUACGAGGUGCUUUGAGCCCAGUGUCUUUAGUGAUGUAGAUUUUGGCUAGGCUUCUAUUAUUAUUACCGUUAUUAUUAUUAUUACGUAUCAUCAUCAUUAUUAUUAGUAUUGUCCUUAUCACCAGUGUCAUCAUUAGUACUGUGGCUUCAUGAGUGAGGAUUUACGUUCGACGUUGCGUCACGUCACGUCACGCCAGACCAUACGAGCCACACAUGACGCGUGGAGGGCAGGAGUUUUUGUUUAGGCCUGCGCUACCACGUGCCGCCCCCCACCCAGAUCACUCUGCCGGCCGUAGCGGGUGCCACUCAGGCUCCUCGGGUGUCUCCCAGUAAUGUGUGAGGAGGCUGAUGCAUUGACAGAGGGACAAACACCCAGGGAGCGUGGUGGGUGCUGCAGGCGGCCCCAGGGGUUGUUCCAGUGAGAGGCGGUGUUUGGGAGCCCAGGCCUCAGUCUCGGUGGCUCAGACCACAAGCGACACGAGCGCUGGGCCUGCCGCCGCACCUCUGGCCACGCGUUGGCUCGGCCCUGCAGGGUGUAAAUAAAGAAUCGCACGUAUGCACGCACCUUCCCUGCCCGGCCGUGAGGCAGCGGCAGCAGCGAUCGGGCGGGCAUCAGGUAAUUCCAGUUCAGGUUUUAUUAUUAAACUUACGGGUUUUGGACGGGACUCAAACAGGGAGGAGGCUUCGUGCGGCCUGUUUUCUGUGGCCCAUAGCAGCAGCAGCAGCAGCAGCAGUGGCAGUGUUGCUGUCAUGAGGGUUGACGGGGGUGUUGCUGCCCCCAGCCACACCCUCACAACACUGCAGGCAAGAUACAUAGCUAUAUACAUAAAUAUAUAUAAUAGUAUAUAUAUAUAUACUUGUACACAUACACAUUACUUGUUAUUUUGGGCACAAAGGGUACCUCUCUCUCUCUCUCUCUCUCUCUCUCUCUCUCUCUCUCUCUCUCUCUCUCUCUCUCUCUCUCUCUCUCUCUCUCUCAGCCCUGAGUGCUAUGUUCCAGUGCUUCACGAAGUCCUCCCUCAUUUGAUAAUAUUUUCGUUUCUUUUCACGUUCGACCGACCGAUGCAUUUCCAUGUGUAUCUUUUUGAGAAGCUGCGACGUGUGGCGGAAACGACGCAGGGAAAUUUAGCGUCGGGAAGCCGAGUGUCAGUCGACAGGCGACCGAUGGUUGUGCGUCACAUUAAGUACAAGUAAACAAAAAGAUAUAAAUAAAUAAAAAAAUGAAUACAAAAAGAUACAAACAAAAAAUAUUUACAUGCGUACAUACAAAUAAACAUGCAAAUAAGACAAAGAAACGAAGUACAUUCAUGUUACGUACACAAGAUGCUGUGUAGGGUGUGUGUGUGUGUGUGUGUAUGUAUGUAUGUAUGUAUGUAUGAAUGAAUGCGUGAGUGAAUGCCUCUCCACAAAGUACCAAUACCUCAGACUAUAUGUUGUCAGUGGCCCUCUGUUGCUGUGUGUGUGAUGCUGUGGCGCUGACUCACCAUGGAGCCGUGCCAGAUACUGUGGCUGGCUGAGAGGUUGAUGGGAGGAUGGGAACACGUCUCUCUCUCUCUUUAUCUCUUUCUGUCUUUCUCACCCUGUAACUGUCUGUGUCUGUCUGUCUCUUAAUGUCCCAUCCACCCUUUGCACAAACACAAACACUCAUGGCCCAUGGAACACACACACACACACACACACACACACACACACACACACACACACACACACACACACACACACACACACACACACACACACACACACACACACACACCCGUGCCCCCAUAGCAGCCUGUUCGACCAGCAGGACCCUCACUGCGACACAUACAUAUCCAGGGCUCCUCACUAAACGGGUACUUCUCUAAAUACAAGGUUCACUCUAACAGGGUCCAGCAGGGUGCCUAGCAGGCCACCCGUGUCGUCGUGGCGCAGGGACGCUGAAUUCUGCCUCCGUUGUUCCGUUUUCUUUGAGCCUCUCGUGGCCGCAGCGGUGUUUGGGGCUCUUGAGAAGGGCCGCCCCGUGUUUGUUUUUCCCCUCCCCCCCUCUGUCUCGUUUUUAGAAUAAAUUAUAAUUACUCUGGUCUCUUGAGCCAAUUUCUUGGGUGCAUCUACCUCAUGUGGUCUCCUCUGUGGCUUUGUGUGACCCCUUCCACGCUGUGUUAAGGUCCUCCACAUAAUCAAAGUCAGGGAUUGAACUUAGAGUGUCUGCUGAUCAAAUUCUGUGAUAUGUUCAAUGUCUUCUCAGGAUCACAGUAGAUAAUGGCAAUCUUCCCGCGUCAAUCCGGCUGGGUUUCCGAAGAGACACUUUGUACCUCGGGUUGGCACCGGCCCCCGACGGCCGGCACCGAGCCGAGGGUGUCUGCCCGGCCGCUGGCACCAGUGCCGGGCAGGCGCUGCUGGCCCCGGGUGCCCCGGCCCCCGAGGCAGUGCCGCCGCAGUCAUCCCGGGAGUAGCCAGGCACGGUGGGAGGCGUCCGUCAAACCCAAUGUGAAUAUUAUCCUGCAGGUUUUAAACAUUCAGGGUCACGUAUUGUUAUAUACAGCAACUAUUCUGUCAGGGGUUCUUGCAAUAUUCAGGUGAAGAUACCAUAGUUUUUGUAAUUUUUGCCAUGACAUGCGUGCGUGGGGCCCACCCAUCCCCGCCCAUGGUCAGGAGCCCCACCCCGGCCCAUGUCUGCUGUGGCCUGCAGCCGUGGCCCACAACCCUGGCUGUGUGCUGUGGCUUGCAGCCUCACCCCAGUGCUGUGCCACGGCUGCAACCCAUGUUGCCAUGGAACGGUGCGGGGUCCCGGCCCCGGCCCGUUGGCCGCGGCCCACACCUGCCGCGGCCCACACACCCGUGGCCCCCACGCCCGCCAGGACAGUUGCUCGUUGAGCCGGCAGUUGUGAACUGCUCAGGUGAUACAUUACUUGGUAAUUGAUAGCCAUGCAAAUGUUUUGCUGUUUAGAUCAUGUUGUGAUGUUUCUCGGUAAGAGCACCGCGGCGCCGGGCCAGCCGGCCGCCUCAUGUUAUUAGGUUCUAAGUUUUGUAUUUGGGUUCGGCGGAGGCACUGCGCUUCCCUCGUCCAACAUUCCGCGUGUUCCCAGACGGGGAGUGCGUGUGGCUGGACCUUUUUAUAGUAUUUUGUAUUUGAUUUUGUUAAUUCUAUAUGAAUAUAGUUUUUGAGUUACUAUCAGUGAUAGUGUAUAUUUUUUAAAGUGCAAAAUUUUUAAAUGAUUUUUCUUGUUGUGCUGCAGGGUGGGUGGUGGAGGAAGAGGCCGGGGCUCUGAGCUAAAACACUGCAUAACCUAACAUGACAUGACAUGACGUAACGUAACAGUACAGUAGAGUACAGCACAGCACAGCCCCAGGCAGGCCCUGCACGGCCCCGCCCGCCAACACUUUGGUACCAACACCCCUGGCCUCUGCCUUCCGUCCCCAGCCCUUUAAAGUUUCCAAGUAAAUAUAUCUUAGUGUCUAACGAUAAACAGUAUAUGGGUUUGCUGCGUACAAAACAAAUAGCGUCGCCUAUUUGGUGUAAUACGAUUUUUAACGAGACCCGUUAUCACCAUAGAGGAUUAGGGUUCCGAUAGCUUCAUUAUGUCCGUUGUCAGUCUCUAGUCCUCAUCUCUCCAUUUUAAGCGUUUGUAACCCCUGUAUCUCCAUAUAUGUACUGACAUUUAAUGCAAGGUUAGCAGGGCUGGCUCUCUUGCUCUGGCAGCAGGACUGUGGCGACUGUGGCCUGCCUGCCUGCCCACCUGCCCGCCUGCCUGCCCACCCGCCUGCCCACCCUCAGCUUUAAAACACAACCUCACUCUCUUCUCUCACAAACCUAUUGCUCAAUGGCACUCAGUUGACCACCUCCAGCAGGCGCCAGGCAGCGGUGGCAGGGCCAGGCUCUCUCUGGCUGGCCCUGCACCACCCUGGUGACCCAAGACCAAGGGAUGGGCAGACCAGUGUGGGCCAGACCAGUAUUACAUACCGCAGACCACUCAGGAUACAAGACCAGGUGGCUGAAUGAAGCUUGACUCACAGACCAGUAGGGACAGACCAGUAUUGAGACCUUAGACUUCCACACACCAAACACCUCACACCACACACUCAGACAUAUCUGAGUACCAGACCAGUAUUUGCAGCUCACCUCUCUGUGGCACAGGCAGCAGUGUGACCUUUACCUUCCUCAUGUGAUGCACUGAGGAUUUAUUGAUUUUGUUUAUUUGAAUGUGGAUGACAGUGAUAAGGAAUGGUAGAUGUGCAUUUGACCCUGUGUGUGCAGUGCAGUGUUUGGUUGCGGCUUAUGACACGGGUCUUCAUUGUGUGUUGUACUGUGCAAGGAAGGAGUGAAGGAGGCAAACCUAACACUCUCUUUUAGUGAAGUUUAACACCAGCACCAAAACACAGCUUAACUUACCUCUUUUCAUGUGUGUGUGUGUGUGUGUGUGUGUGUGUGUGUGCGUGCGUGCGUGCGUGCGUGUGCCAUAACAUUGUUGGUCUUACUAACAUUACUUAAUUGUGAGCUGCCAAACUUCUACUACUUAAAGUGAAAUUGUUAUGUAUCUUAACUUCAGGUAACAUUAUUGUAUAUGUAAUAUCUUAAAUAUUAAUUUACUUCAAAAAUUAUUAUUAUCAGGUAACAUUUUUAUAUACCUGAUAUCUUAUUAAUUAACUUUGAAAACAAUCAUUACAUCUGAAACAAGUAAAAAUGAGACUGGCUUCUCUAUCAACUUCAGGUAAUACUUGUUUACCUUAGAUUUCAUUGGUUAAACUUAAAGACACUUGUUACAUUACAUCUUAACCAGGUAACACUAAUAUUUACCUGAAAUUCUUUUAAUACUAUUUGAAAGGCUUAUAAAAAUUAACUUCAGGUACCACUGCUAUCUAUCUGAGACUUAAUGAAUAACUAAGAGCAGAAGUCAUGCUUCUUGUAUUUACUUAUCACCAGUACCUUUAUUUUAUCCCAUUGCACAUGAGCAAGGGCAAAGAGAGAGAUAGCCUGACUCACAAACAUGGUCAGGUGGCUGCUAAUGAAAUACCUCAUACAUUCAGUAACAAAGGCAAUUAUUAAUUUUAUUGUCGAGCUGCUUCUGAAAUACCUCAUAACACAGUUUGUAUUUGUAGGAGUGUGGUGAAGUGUGUUAGGAGGACAGGCUGGGAGAAGCAGUACUUUAUUCUAUAGUUUUUGGUAUCUAAAUUAUUGAAUAUAGUACAUGUUUCACCUGUGGAGUAAUGCCUGACGAGAGGAAAUGUAGAAUGAAACAGAAGUACUUUACAGUUUCAGUUCUCUCCUUCUUCAGUGUUUGUAGUAAGGAGUGACUGAAUUGUUGAAUAGAGUACGUCUGUUUCAUCCUGAGGAAUAUAGGGAGUGAGGAGACAUAGGAUGAAACACAAGUACUUUACACCUUCAGCUGCUGCUUUCUUCAGAGUCUAGAAAGUAACAGGUGAAUCAUUUGUAAAGUACUUUUGGUUCAGUAAUGAUUGUAGUGAGAAGUGUUAGGUGAAACAGAGGUGCUUUGUGUAACAAAGGCAAAUAAAGGAAGACUUGAGACACUUGUAAAGUACUUCUGUUAGCGUUUUAGCCCUUCCCUUCUUAAAAAAUAAAGAAGGUAAGAGCUGAAACACUGCAUGGCACUACUGUUUCACUGUUUUUCUCACCAGCACAUAGCACACCACAGGUUUAAGGCAGGAGAAUAUAGAGCUACAGUAUUAAUGCACUGACUGACUGUCUUAUGUAUUUAUCUACACCACCUGAUGACUUGACACUAACACUGCCAAUGAUGCUCUCCCUCACUGCCUGCUCUGUGUAUUCCUGUUUUAUGUGCAAGUUUCUACCAAAGCAGCUUAGUUCUGAGAUAACAGAUUACUUUUUUUUUAAUGAGAGUAAUUUGAUGUCUUAUAACUUGGUAACAGUGUUGGUAAGGGAUGCAAUAUUACAUAACCACAUAUUUCACAGUGAGAUGGGAAUAUAUAGACCAUUUAGAGAGUGGGAACACCAGUUAGUGGCAGUGUUACCAUGUCCCCAUGUCCUUAGCUGGCUACGUUGCUUGACUCAGGGUAGGUGCUUGGAAGAGAAGCUUAAGGGGGACAGGACAGUACAGAAGACAUUUAUAUUUCAACACCUCAAACAUUACCUAAGAUUAUUGAAAUGUAUCAUGAAUGGAAGACAAACUAGGUAGACUAAUAAUACAUUAUAUACCUCAAGACUUUCAGAAAUAUGCAUUAGACUGAAAAUUUUUUGUGAAUUGAAGAGAGGACACUAUACCUUACCACCUCACUAAUACACGAGGCUGUUGAAAUGUACCAGGAAGUGAUGACAAGUUAGGCCGACGGAAUACAGUAUACCUCACAGCUUCACCGAUAUUUAGACUAUGGAAAUGUACCAUGAAUACGUGCCACAGUAUUACUACUAACACCUUACCAUGACUACAAAGACUCAGUAGGAGAGACAAGCGACCAAAACAAAACAGUGCCAAUAUGAAGAUGAUUUUUUUUUUUUUUUUUUUUUUUUUUUUCUGAGCCAUUGUGACUUUUGGUUCAGUAUUGGUGGUGUUCUGGAGAUUUAAGAACCACUGAACCUUAGAACCAAACUGACUGACUACUGACUAACCAACUACAGGCCAGUAAAUUUAUUUGGGUCUUGGGCAACAAAAAAAAAAUGAAAGGUUCCAUUCUCUCUUUCUCUCUCUCUCUCUCUCUCACUCGCUCGCUCUCGCUCAUUUCAUUUUAAGUAUUGAUUCUCUCUCUCUCUCUCUCUCUCUCUCUCUCUCUCUCUCUCUCUCUCUCUCUCUCUCUCUCUCUCUCUCUCUCUCUCUCUCUCUCUCUCUCUCUCUCUCUCUCUCUCUCUCUCUCUCUCUCUCUCUCUCCUCUCUCUCUCUCUCCCUCUCCUCCCUCCUUUCUUCCUUUCCUCCCAUUGUCUCAUUUCAUUGUAUCUGCCUUUCUAUUGAUCUCUCUCUCUCUCUCUCUCUCUCUCUCUCUCUCUCUCUCUCUCUCUCUCUCUCUCUCUCUCUCUCU